GUUCGAAAAUCAUGGCACAGCCCAGGCUGGCCCUUCCGAAGUUCAUGUUUGGUGACAAGCUGGCAUGGGCAUUGUCGCUCCCGCAUUGCUUCUGGGCCAAUUUUAGCGCAGAAGAAAAGAGCUCAUGGCGAUUUUGAAUUGGCAGAUUGAGGGCAGUAUGCGGGUUGUGCCUCUCUGGAGAUCGAGUGUAGUUGGAUCAAAGGGUUCUCUUCUUCGCCUCGCAGCCUUCAACCAUUGAAGCAAUUGCAGAAUCAAGGUUGAGAUGCACAAUUGUGAAUGGGCCGUGCGCAUUAAAGCAGUGCUCGUUCACAUUGAGUUAGUGUCAAUUGGUAUGGGUGCAUUGAUUUUGUCCGAUUGCCUAAUUGAUACAUGUACAUGUGCUACCGGAGUUGUCCCUCUCGCUCGACUUUCUUUUCUUGAGGACACAACUGCUUGAGGAAGGUUUCCUGUAGAGUUCAGGGAAGGCAAGUUAAGUUAUUGUUGUGCUACUUGCAAGUAGGUCCUAAAGCUCCACUUCAAGUUGCCCGGAAGCAUACAAGAUGGACUCUCCCCUUCCGUCCCUGCUGGCAAAGCCUAGAGAGCAAGUCUCUGCAUUGGUGCGGAAGGCAAAGAAGCACCGUCACAGGAGGUCAAACUCACUACCGGCCGAGGACAGCCACAGUCCAGAGCGAAUUAGAAAGCGGAAGGUGUACGAUCCGCGCAGGUACUACAAGAAUAACACGGAUAGCAUUGAGGAGACUGGCCAGCCGCCAGAGGGCUUCCUGUUGAUGUGGGUGGGCCACUGGAAGAGGUGGAGACGUCGUUUGUGUGUAGCACGGACCCCAGGAGUGCUUCUCUAUCACCGCAAUGAUGACAACAGGAGCGUCGGCACUAUCGAUCUCCAGGAUGCUUCCAUCAUCCGGCUGGAGAAGGAGCGCCACUUCAUGGUCGUCACCAAGGCAGGGAUGCGGCACUUCCGGACCAUCUCCCGAGAGUUCCGUGAUCAAUGGGUGGACCACCUCCUUGAGUCCAUUCAGCAGCUGAAGGAAAUCAAGGAGAGGGCAGCCAGGGGAACACAGAAGGUCCCCAAGUUGAUCACGGAGAGAGACAUCCAGGAGAAGACUGCAGAAUGGCAGGAAAGAGAGCGGGAGCUGACUUCUCGUAUGUUGGAGAGGCUACAAGGCCUCGAACCUGAAAAACAAGCCUUUGUGAACCAGAUUCACUCUUUCCAGCAAGUCUUCCUGGGGGCCGCCAGCAGCCUCUCGCUCUCAUCCGACACAGCCCCGGUUGUGUCACAGUUCACAGACCCCAGCUCCUUCAGCUCUUUGGAUCGCUCCCUGAAGGCGCUAAGGCCGGAGAACAACUCGCAGUCCUCGCUGAGAAGCCUAGACUCGCAGAACCACGAACCCCUCAGCAGGGGGGGCUCUGGCUCCUUAUCCACAAGCCCCAGUCGGGGGGGGGGCCUGGGGAGGAGCGCGCGCUUUUUCGGGUGGGCAGGAGAGAAGGCGAGCCUGCGCAGGAGUGGCGACGUCAGCGCUGACGAGGGCGAUGACGUUGGUGGGAGUUUCCGUGACCUCAGCGGCAGCAUUGGGGCCUCUUCCAAGGCAUCGUCCAGCAGGGGCAACGGCGCAGGUUUGGCUGCAAAACCUGCUGUAGAGGCAAACGGGCGGUCCAAGACGGCGACUAAAUCCCCGCUGCAUAAGGACGCGCUCUCUGACAGCGAGGCGUUCUCGCGGAAGGCCCCCUCGCGGCUGAGUGCUGAGAUCCACGAGGAGGGCGCGCAGGCAGGUCCUUCGGAGACAAGGCCUCCCAGCAAUGCAGAACCUGAGCUCGAGCGGUUCCGGACCGCAAAACCGGAUGCUCUUGAGGACGCUACCACCGCAGUCUUGGUUGAGUCGCAGCAAGCGCAGGAAGGGGCAAGCGUGCCGGUGGGAAUGGGCACUGGGCUGCCUGUCGGGGGCCAGUUCACACCACUGCAGAGGACUUGGCAGAGGCUGCAGGUCUCGUAUGAGGAGAUUCUGAGGGAGGAGGUGAUUCGGGUGAUGGAACUAGAGGCGGAGAAUGUGGUGCUGCUCAAGUCGGUUGCGCAGCUGCCGAAGAUGCGCAGUGAGGUGCACAAGCUCAGGGCCAAGCUGGGCAUCCCGCAUAAGAGUUCCACGGAGUUCCUUGUACACACGGAGGGGGAGGAAGGGGACUUGUCUUCCGAUGAAGGGGCUUUCAGCGAAGACGAUGGUAAUCUAACAGCUCCAGACGGCGAAGAGCGGUACUUCGAGGCGCUCGAGGUGCUCAACCAGCGCGACUACCUGAUACGCAAUGCCAACGAGGAUAUCGUGGACGGCGGUCCGGACGACAUCGGCAAUGAGCCGCCCGACGAUGGCAGCUCCGACGCAGAGGAGGAGAAGGAGGGCCCGUACAGCUAUGUGCCCAGGAAGAGGCUCCCUGCGGCCCGGCCGUUGCACCGGGGCAUCAACGUGUGGAAAAUGCUGAAGGACGCCAUCGGCAAGGACCUGACUCGCAUCAGCAUGCCCGCAACCAUCAACGAGCCGCUGUCUGGACUGCAGAGGACUGCGGAGGAGCUGCAAUACAGAGAUUUGCUGGACAAAGGCAACGCCUGCGAAUCCUCAGUCGACCGCCUGUUGUACGUGACUGCGUUUGCCGUGACAGCCUACGAGGGAACCCUCAACCGCGUGUCCAAGCCCUUCAACCCCCUCCUUGGGGAGACCUUUGAGUGGCAGUCAGCCGAUGGGCGCACCCGCCUGAUCGCCGAACAGGUCGUGCACCACCCGCCCAUCACGGCUGUCCACGUGUCCACCACCGACGGCGCCUACACCUGCGAGGGCGAGAUUGAGAUCUCGAGCAAGUUCUGGGGGCAGUUCCUGGAGGUGGUUCCGCUCGGGUUAGUGCAAACCAAAUUUCCCAAGCACGGGGACCACUACGUGUGGAACAAGGUCGCGACCGGCGUGCACAACGUGCUCAUUGGAAAGAUGUGGCUGGACCAGCACGGCGAGCUGGUGGUCAAGAACUUGAGCACGGGCGACACGUCGCGCACCAAGUUCCUCAAGCCCAGCGGCAAGGAGGACAGCGCCAUCUCCGGAAAGGUGUACAACGCCCGCGGGGAGUUGCAGUGGACGCUGACGGGCAGCUUCAUGCGCGACAUGUACGCGACGCCCGAGCCCGGGAAACCAGAGGGCCUCGUGCGGCCGUUCCAAGUCUGGAAAGCGAACCCGCCCGUCGAAGACUCGUUCUCGCAGUACGGCAUGACCCAGUUUGCGAUCACGCUCAACGAGAUCACUCCCCAGCUGGCGCUGGAGCUCCCCCCGACAGACUCGCGGCUGCGGCCGGACCAGCGCGCACUGGAGGAUGGCGAGCACGAUCGGUCUAACGAGGAGAAGGCGCGCCUCGAGGAGAAGCAGCGCGCCACGCGCAAGGAGCUCAAGGCGGAGGGCAAAGAGUGGCAGGGCCGCUGGUUCACCCAGGCCGUUCCGGGAGAAGUGAACGUCAAGACGGCGAAGGACGAAGGGCAGGCGGCAUGGGUCUUCAAUGGGGAGUACUGGAAGGCGCGCGAGAGACGGGAUUGGAGUGCUUGCCCGGAUAUCAUGUAAUCACUUGCCGGUUAGGGGCAGCUGAAAUUACUUCCUAACUACUAACUUGAUGAUAGGCUUGUAUAGCGAUUUGAGGCGCAGCGGAUGCAAAGUGUUGCUCUGGGUUGAUCCGAUAUCACGCUCGUUGAACUUCGAAGUUGGCUGUUCAAGUUGGGGACCAGAAAGAGCGGCAGACUAAGUCAAAUGAGAGCGAUUUGAGUAUGAUAGGAGAUGCCUAGCAUAUCGCAGGUCGAACACGAACCUUUAUUUUGAACACUCUCUCACACAAUAAGCAAGCAGACUGGCACGCGUGCUACAGUAGGCCACUUUGACCCUGGAAAGUUGGUGACCGUUGGUUACCUUUCUUGAAACCUUGACUAAAAACAAUGAUCUAUCUGCUUAUUGCUUGAGUUGUCGGAGCGAGUCUGCUGUUGCCCAUGCCUGUGG